ACUUCAGACUCGAAGCACUCAGAGCUCAAACUUUUCAAAGGGUUUAGUUUUAAUCUCUCUCUCUCUCUCUCUCUCUCUCUCUCUCUCCGUGCCAUUUUUGAUUUCGAGAACUCUUCAGAACACUUUGAUGGAGGCUUGAGUAACAUCACCUGGAUGUUAGGAGAGUAUCCUGUUACGAUUAUUCUGCUUUCGGGCACAGAGAAAAAGCAAUUUGUGAAGUUGAUGGUGCAAGAAGGAGUAUCGGGAACGACGUGUUUAGAAGGAUGACAACUCAGAGUGCUAUGAGAAUGGUGGAAAGUGGUCAGACAAUAACUUGGCCGUCUUCCAGGGAGGCCGGUGUAUUUGGUUCGCUCGAUAUGGCGGUUGAAGACUUAGGGUAUCUGAUGAAAAGGCAUAGAUUACGUGAAGAUCGUGCGGAAAAUAUCCCGAGUCGUAGUGGCAGUGCUCCGCCUAGCAUGGAGGGCUCUUUUGCCGCCCUUCGGAAUCUCUUGAAACAACAAGAAGGUAGCUCUACAGUUUUGAGUAGAGAUAUCGAGAAAUACGAUUCAGAGGAAGAGAUACGAAGUGAUCCUGCAUAUGUAGCUUACUAUCUCUCGAAUAUAAACCUGAAUCCGAGACUCCCUCCACCGUUAAUCUCCCGGGAGAAUCAGCAUUUGGUGCGCCGUUUUGGUGGGUUAGGUGAUGAUUCGAGUCCAAGCUCCAUUGACAAUAAUGUCGGAAUCGGGAAAAGGCCCUUGCUUUCUUCUCGAAGUGCCCUUUCCACUCAUACGGAGGUGCCUGAGGAUGAGGCAUCGGGAGAGCAGUCUUAUAUUUCUUCCAGUGGUCGUCACAAGAGUUUGGUCGAUCUGAUUCAGGAAGAUUUUCCUCGUACACCGUCUCCUGUGUUCAAUCAACCUCAUCCGGGGAAGAACCAUCCGACAGCGGAAGAGCUGAUAGACUGUGACAUCCAUGCAAUUCCAUCAGAUAUCUCUUCAGAAAACACGGCAAGAUUACCCGAGUCUGAUAUAGGCUCGGUUAAUAUGAUGAGGGAGACAGAUUCUCUUCCCCUUUAUGCUACUGUAGAUCCCUUUACUGGCAUUUCGAGCUCACAUUCUGUUGAUGGAACAAGAAACUCGCCUAAUCCGCAAAAAGAGAGAUCAAAGGCCAUCGGUACAACUCGAGACGAUCUAUCUGCUUACAGUGUGUCUCCAUCCAAUGAUUCUAGAAUGAGGAAGAAUCAAGAAGAGCAACAAUCUCAUGGAAGGAGAUUAUCUCUACAAUAUCCAUCUUCGUCACAUCAGCUUCAGGCAAGUGCACCACAACUGACGUAUGGAUUCACGGAAAACACGCUACAGAAUCUAUCCAAGUUGUCCAAACCCGAGAUACAUUCAAACUUCACGUCUCCCCGGUUGACAACUCCUCUGUAUACAUCGACAGCAGCAUAUAUGAAUAGCCCGUUUUACCAGAAUUUUCAACCAUCGGGUAUGUACAUUCCGCAGUACAAUUAUAGUGGUUACCCUCCCGGUACCGGGCUUCUACCCCCAUACAUGACGGGAUACCCAUCUCAUGGAGCAACCGUCCCUAUGCCGUACGAUGUCUCGUCUAGUUCAAGCUACAAUGCUCGGCAGCCCGGUGGCUCAACUGGACAAAACAUUCCUUCUCUCGUGGAUCCUUAUCAAAUGCAGUAUUUUCAACCCGCUCUAGGGGGGGAUGCGUAUGCUUCGUCGUUCCAAAACAUCGAUUCUUUCGGGCAGAAAGAUCAAGCCUCCGGGUUUAUGGCUGCUAAUCAAGACCUGCAUAGCCCGAUGAAUAUGAAUCUCGGGUUACAAAGUCCACGCCAUAUGGGAAUGGGAGGAAGCAACUAUUUUGCUGUGCAACCGGGUGUAAGGGUCACUCCUCAAUAUCUUGGAUCGCAACUUAGCGGCAGUCCAGUGCUGCCAUCAUCUCCGGUCGGUGGAAUGGCCCUACUUGGAAGACGUGGUGAGGCAAGGUAUCAUCAAGGGCCAAGUAGAAACAUCAGGAUUUACCCCGAAUGGCAAGGGCAUAGAGGAGGAGGAUCCAGCAACAUCGAUGAACUAAAACGGCAUUCUUUUCUCGACGAACUUAAAUCUCCGAACGCCCGUAAAUUCGAGCUGUCUGAUAUUGCUGGCCGUAUCUUUGAAUUCAGCGUGGAUCAGCACGGGAGCCGAUUUAUUCAGCAGAAAUUGGAGCACUGCACCGACGAGGAGAAGGCAUCUGUCUUCAGCGAAGUUCUUCCUCAUGCUUCAAAGUUGAUGACUGAUGUCUUCGGAAAUUAUGUCAUCCAAAAAUUCCUAGAAUACGGAAGUCCGGAACAGAGGCAGGAACUUGUUAAUCAACUUGCUGGUCAGAUUGUUUCUCUAAGUAUGCAGAUGUAUGGCUGUCGUGUAAUACAAAAGGCCCUUGAAGUGAUCGACCUUGACCAGAAGACGGAACUCAUUAGCGAGCUCGAUGGGCAUGUGAUGGGAUGCGUUCGUGAUCAAAACGGGAAUCACGUAAUCCAGAAAUGUAUAGAGACUAUACCUUCGAACAGGAUUGGAUUUAUAAUCGCGGCUUUCCGUGGCCAAGUUUCAACUCUCUCUACUCAUCCCUACGGAUGCCGUGUUAUUCAGAGAAUCUUGGAGCAUUGUUCGGAUGACGAGGAAACGCGUUGCAUAGUCGACGAAAUCUUGGAAUCUGCAUAUGUUCUUGCUCAUGAUCAGUACGGAAACUAUGUCACCCAGCAUGUCUUGGAGAGAGGAAGGCCGGACGAAAGAAGUGAGAUCAUCAAGAAGCUGACGGGAAAUGUGGUUCAGAUGAGUCAGCAUAAAUAUGCAUCGAACGUUGUGGAGAAGUGUUUGGAGUAUGCCGAUAAUGCCGAGAGAGAAGUGCUGAUUGAAGAGAUCAUGGGCAAGUCCGAGGAAGAUAAUCACUUGUUGGCGAUGAUGAAGGACCAGUUUGCAAACUACGUGGUGCAAAAGGUGCUAGAGAUAAGCAAAGAUGGGCAACGGGAGGUUUUGGUGCAACGGGUAAAAGUUCAUCUCGAAUCUCUGAGGAAAUAUACAUACGGAAAACACAUCGUUGUUCGGUUCGAGCGAUUAUUUGGUGAAGAAGGAGAAAGCUCAGACCAAGUGUAGAACAUGACGAAGAAGAAGAGCUUACAUUAGUUGACAACUAUGGAUUUAGCUGUUUGGAUAAGGAAAAUUGAUUACAUUUGAAAAGCUUGUGUAUGUGUAUGUAUAUAUAUAUAUAUGUAUGUGUGUAUGGAUGUAUGCGUGGCGUUGUAUGUUGUUGGAAAAUGGACGUGUAUGGCGAGGGUACUUGAUUUGUGGUUUAUAGGUGAUGUGGUCUCUGUUUGCUUC